GACCUGAGCGGCGCGUGACGUAGGAGGAAGAAGACGCCAUUAGGGGAGCGGGGCCGUCGGCCGUGAGGAACGUUGUUGCUCGUGGCGUCCCUCCCCUCACGCUCCCGUCGUCUCCCCGGGAGCCUCGGCGGCACCUUCCCCUCUCCCUCCAGCCCCGAGAGUCCGCCCGUUUCCCCGCGGGUCCCCGUCCCGGUUGGUGGCGGCGGCGGCGCCUCGCGGCCGCGGUGCGGGACCGUUGAUGUGAGGCGGCGGCGGCGGGGCGCGGAUGGCGGCGGGGGCCGGGUCGGCGGCCGGGGGCCGCAGCUUCUCCUUCAAGGUGGUGCUGCUCGGGGAGGGCUGCGUGGGGAAAACCUCCCUGGUGCUGCGCUACUGCGAGAACAAGUUCAACGACAAGCACAUCACCACGCUGCAGGCAUCUUUUCUUACAAAGAAGCUAAAUAUUGGUGGGAAAAGAGUAAACCUUGCAAUAUGGGAUACAGCUGGUCAAGAAAGAUUUCAUGCAUUGGGGCCGAUCUACUACAGGGAUUCUAAUGGCGCUAUUCUAGUAUAUGAUAUAACAGAUGAAGACUCUUUUCAAAAGGUAAAAAACUGGGUUAAGGAAUUAAGAAAAAUGUUGGGAAAUGAAAUCUGUUUAUGUAUAGUAGGUAACAAAAUAGACUUGGAAAAAGAGAGACAUGUUUCAGUGCAAGAAGCAGAAACGUAUGCUGAAUCUGUUGGAGCAAAACAUUAUCAUACUUCAGCUAAACAGAACAAAGGAAUUGAAGAACUGUUUCUUGACCUUUGUAAAAGAAUGAUAGAAACUGCUCAAGUGGAUGAAAGAGCAAGAGGCAAUGGUUCCAGUCAGUCAGGAACAGCAAGGCGAGGUGUACAGAUCAUUGAUGACGAGCCACAAGUACAGAGCAGUGGAGGGUGCUGUUCUUCUGGAUAACUAUAAAACUGUGCAUCGUUGCCCUCUCUAUAUGAAGACUGCCAUAUUCCAAGUCACGCAUUCUUUACCAAUGGAGUAAUAGGAUUAACAGUAUUUAAAAAUAAUCACAUGUAACACUGCAGAGACCUUAAGUGCUAAACUAGUGGCGCCUGUGACCAGAGAAUUGGCAUUUUCUACAGUGGUUAACAAAGCAAUUACCAAUGGCCUUUUUACAUAUUUUUCUUUAAUGAGGAAUAAUAUGCAUGUAGAAAAGACCUACUUAAAGGCUUCAUUUAUAUUCUUUUAAAUCAGAUCAUUAUUUAAUAACUUAUAUACAUUGUUGUUGGAAUGGUAUACGUUUUUGCAGCUCUUUGUAUUUUGUGGUAGAUUGAAUUGUAUCACUUCUGAAAUGCAAAUUGAUUUCUUUUUUUUAAAUUAGCAGAUAUCUGAAGUAAUAUUUUUGCAGGGCCUCUACAAGCCUAUAACUGUCAACUACUUUGAUAUAUUCUGUUCAUCCUGUAUGCCAAGCUGGUAAAAUACAUUGUAAAUUACAUAUUAAAUAUUUUAUCUGCUUUUACAAUUGCAGAUGCAGAAAUAUGUACAUCAGUCUUGUCAGUGAUUGUGAAGUGAGUAAGUCAGUGAAAGAUGCAAGCUUUUCAUGUGUAUUGUUGAAUUGCUCAUUCUGUUCCCCCUCCCUGAAAACAGCUUUUUUUGGUACAUUCAUAGCAACAGGAUUAUUGGGGUUUUUUUAAGCCUUUUCGGCAAGUAGCAGUGUUAGAGUACCUCCUUAGUGGGAAGGGAAUACUUCCUUUGACUGCUGUUUAACAUUGAGGUGUUUGACUCCCAGCUAAAACAGUUGGUGCAUGCGUAUAUCUUGCCUCUGCAGUUACUUUGGCCUCUCAGAAUAUCCCCAGAAAGUCUGUCUGGUAGCCAGUUAAACCAGAUGCAUGGGAGACUCCUAAGAUGCAUUAAUACAUUUGUGUCCCAAGACAACAUCAUAAAUUAUUAAUGAGCAUUUUUUUCCCCUUUAUUGCAGAGCUUGAGUGAGCAAAUGAAUUGGCAUUAACUAGAUCUGUUACUGAUUUGGAGUGAUUAAAUGGAAGAUAUGAAACUUAGCAGAUGUAAUUGUAACUUUGGGGAAUCUAGACAGAACUGAACUUACACCUGACUUGCUCUUUUUUCUUGUAAAGUGUUUUGAAGCCCACUUAAGUUCUGGGAGGAGGGUUUUCAGAAAAAAGUGUAUAAACUACUAUCACAAAGGAACACAAAUGGUGGUAGCUGAAACUUAAUGUUUUGUGCUCUGACUUUUUUUUUUUUAACUUGUCAUGCUUGGAAAAACAGUAAAGGUGAUGUCAAUGACAAAAUAGAAUAUUCCUUGGCCUUCCUUUUUCUGAAGGGUAGAAUUAGUAUUGCAUAUGAAUGCACUGAAUGGUGUGGGUACGUUUUGAUGCACAAAGGAGUAAUGGUAACUAAUCAGUUUGACAUGUAAGAAGUGUGCUGUCUUCAAUAUGACUUUUAUUUUCUCUGAAAUAAUAGAUGGCUUUGAUACAGACUGGUCCUGGUGCACUUCUUCCCUUUCUGUCUAAACUGUGGUGUAGAUACUUCUUCUUAAGCUACCAUUGCCAUGCUCUUCUGACGUGGUUGUAUGCUUGAUGAACAAAGGUGACUUCUCCAUGCUAGUGAAGAUAAAAUUUCCUGACUGCACAUAGCUUUGGUGCGUAUCUAAAAUUCAUGAUUAUGUGCCUAUAUGUAUAGCAACACCAUUAAGUUAACAUUCAUAUAUCUAACUUAACAGUGAGCCUUGCCAAAGUUGAAAAACAGGUCAGUUAGAUUUAAAACCGGUAGCUUCAAAUCCAUACAGUUAGAUAAAAGCAAGUCUUGUAAGUGGUAGGUAUUGAUAUGAGGAAUGAAACUGGCAAGACUGUAUGUUCAAGACUGGAAUCUCUCAUAAUAGGAGUUCCAGAUUUUUUUGAUUCCAAGUUCAUUUGAAUAUCUGGAUUUUUUGCAGAGAUGGGGGGAAAAAACCCACCAAACAACCAACCAACCCAACCUCAAUUAUAUUUGAUAUGUAGAUGAGUUGUGAGGGCUUACCUACACCAGAGCAUAUGUGUUCUCUCCAGCACUGAGCUUUCUCCACUUUGUUGAAGUGGACAGAUGUAGUUCUGGUCUGGAAAUUAAUACUAGGUGUUUACCCAAGCAAUUGUUCUGUUUGACUACUUUGAAAUAGAAACAGUAUGUAGAAUAUCUUUCUGCUGGCAGCUGAAGUUUUUCUUUAGUGUAUUCUGUGGUUGGGGCAUUCUGUGUGACUUCUGUCAAUUACAAAACUAAGUCAUGUUGUUGCUAACUCUUAAGUCUCUUGCAAAACUAAAACUAUUACUACUGAAGACUUAGGUGGGGUAAAGAAGCUGAAAAUUUUGCGUGACUAAGAAAGGUUCUGGUUGCUAUUGGCAAAAUACUUUCUUAAAAAAUCCUCUGAAGCUACAGCAUGAAAAAUACUGGAAACCUUCCUGUCUAAGCUGCAGUUUGAUUGGACUUUAUUUAUGGAACUUAAAACCUGUGCUUAGCAGGGUAUUAUUAUAUUACCUUUCAAAAGAAGUAUAGCUUUGUGAAGUCAGGGAAAUUGAUUUCCAAGACACAAGUAAAAACUUUAUGAAUUGUUUAGACUGAUAAUGUAAGACCAGCUAUUCAUUGUUAGCAGACAAAAUAAAACAGUUCCAGGAAAAGGCAUCUUUAUUGAAGAUACCUGAAGUGUUUUUUGCAUUGAAUAUAUAGGAAAGCACAGAUAGCUUGGUUUUCUGUAUUUGAGCAGGAUCUUGCUCAGUAACCUGGUAUUGCUACUGUGUGGUUUGGUUUUCAAGAGUCUUGCAUUUCCUGGAAUCCAUCUAGAUUGCCUGGUUUCUGUGUCUCAAGGAAAACUGUAUUCUUGUUGCUAACUGCUGCUGCUGAAAACAAGUAAAGCUAUUUUUCAUUAUUCUGAGAAGAGUGCAAGAGAACAACUAUGUCUGUCUUUAAAAAGUAACUCUAUUGUGGGAUAGAUAAUACCAGCCAGACACUCGCUAGAGCAUGGAGGUCAACAUUAAGCACACUUCCUCAGAGUAAAUCAAAGAUUAGACUUUUUUUUAUUAUAGCAAACGAGUACAAAUACCUUUCUAAAGCAACUUUAACUACUUGCUCACAGUCUUGAUGCUGCUGCUCUGAAUACUUGAGUUACCCAUGAACCUCUAUCACUUGCUGAAGUAAAAUCUAACAAACCAAAGUCCAAAAACCUUAAUGCAGCAAUAUGUAUCUAGUUGGAGUUAUUUAUGGAUGCUGUCUUACUGCACUUAGACUACAGUUCAGAAGUUAUAAAAAACCAGACUGAGUCACUCGAGGAAAGUAGUAGAUUCAAAUGUGUAGUGCUUGGAGGUGAGUGUAACUAGGUAUAAAGGUUGGGGAUGAUGACAUUGUCUGGUUUGCAGUGAACUCGCAUAUGGUUCCAAGAUGGGACGUUCAGUGUUUGGAUGAACUGCAUUGGCUGGUCUCUUGUGGCAGUUAAGUAAUUCAGUGUUGCCUUUAUUAUACACUUUUCUUCAGUGUUCACACGUUAUGGACAGGCAUUCUUGCUUACUACCACGUUUACAAGCAUUCCUUAGCCCUCUUUCCUGCCACUUUUAUUGUUCUAGGUGUUUAACUUGUAUCUCUGCCUACAGCUCUUGAAGAAACUUAGUAAUUUAACUUCUACUUUAGAUUCCAAGCCAGAUGAAAAAAUCUUUGCAAAAAGGUAUGAGGUCAUGGAAGUUGUUAGAGCUCAAAUUGAAUUCUCUGAAAAUGUUGGAUGCUGUCAGAAAAAACAGUUUAAAGAAGGCAAGAGGAACAGGCGUCCUGCUUGAGGACAAAUGGAGGUUAGGAAUCUCAAAAAAAAAUAAAUGAAAGUAGUUAAGUGAUAUGAAUGAUAGAGUAUGGGAAUAAGAGUUGAAGCCAGCCACCUCUAUUGUUUUUCUGCCUUUUGUUGAAGGAAAAAAGAGAGGUGGAAAGAAAAAGGCAAGUAGGAAAAACUGAAGGUGCUGGUAGCGGGCUGCAGAGGAAGCACUGAGGUAACUGUUUCUUGGUGGAAUUGCUAGUAUGUCAUAUCAGCAAUGGUAGUUGCCUAAUUUAAGACUUUUCUAAGAUUACUAUCUAGGUUGUUCUUCCUUCUGUGAAAUACUGUUUUUGCUUCACUAAAGACAAUAGAAAUAACUUUGAACAGGCUUUCAGACACAAUACUAACCUACUUAAACCUUGACUAGAAUAUGCUAAUUUAUGAGCAUUACAGUUAACUGACCUUGUUAACCUUAGUUUGUAUCAAAGCUUAGGAGUUGGUUUUUUUUUUCCUGACAAGUCAGGAAAUAUAUCUUUCAAUGAGGAUAACUUUACUGCAGUUGUGUUACGAAGUUGCAGAUGAAGACAAAGAUCCUUGGCAUUAGUUGCUGCAUAAGCUCAACAAGGACAGCCCCCAAACUGGCUCACUUUGUGCUGGGCACUGUUACUCAUACUAUUCUUUUGGGGAUUCUGCUCAACAUGCAGUUUUUUUCCUCUAUUUAGGACCAACCUGUGCAUCUCAGUGCUGUAGUCAUGUACUAAAUUUAGGCUUUUUCUAUUAAAUAAUCCCUCUUGCCACUGUAUUGAGUACAAUGAGAUGAAGAAGCUGUUUUGAAAGUUGUGGAGAAUCUAAAAUGUUUCUUGUCUUGGGUUGGCUUAAAAAGUGAGAAUCUAUGAAACAGUCACUGUUAUGACAAAGGUAUUAUUCUGUCCAAGUUAACUGAAAAUAUUUUGGCUUGGAAAAAAGUUUUAAUACAGUCUGAUUAAAAUUAAAAAUGGCUUGGCUUCCAAAAUGAAAAUUUAUUUCAAGCUGAUCUCUUUUCAUUCUUAAUUUUUUCCAAGACUUAAGUUCACCAAACAAGGCCAAAAGCUCCAAUUGAUUGGCAUGUUCUACAGCCCUACAAUAAUGUCUGACAGGGAGAAGUUGUGUACUCAUUUAUAUUCCACUGGAUAGUCUGGAGCUUUGUAUUUAUUCAAUACCAGGAUGUUGAAAGAUGGACUGCAAAAAUAAUUGUUUCCAUCUACUUCCACUGCUUUGCACAUGCAGGCAAGCAGUGUGACCUCAUGCAGCUGCAGAGUGAAUGUGAAAAGAGUGUUUCUGUCUCUUUCAUCCUGCUUGUUGGCUGCACUGAUCCUCAUUGUUAAUGAAUUACUACUACAGAAAACUUUGUGCUGGAGAUUCCCCUGUACAAGAAAAGAAACGUACAAGUUCUCCGUUUGCUUCUCUAGCUCUUCCAUACAGUGGUGAGUACUACAGCAGUAAGACCCAGUUCCUCCCAGUUUGAGUGUUGGUUUUAUUUUUCCCUGUCAAGAGGAGCUUUUCUUAUUUCUUGACAGGUCAUUUUUUCAGUUUAUCUAGUCUCAUCUCUUGCAAGGGGUUUAAGACUUCAUUGUAGAUCAUCUAGAAGCAAUUGCAGUCUGAAAGUAUGUCAACAAAGGAUGAUGACUAGCAACAAUCUGUCCUGCUUCCAAACAAGUAAGGAGAGAGUAUUGGAAGUUUGAUGUUAAGUCCUUGCUACUUCUGGUACCUGACUGCUGAUUCUUGGAUUUUGGAAGUGACUUAAAUCCAAGUAGAGAGGAUUGGAGAGAGCAAGGACUACUUUCUCAUCUGUGGUCAAGUAGUUGAUAUCCUGUGACAGAUCCAAACUCAUAUAAUGGAUCUCUUUUGAGCUGUUGAAACUGUUAAAUUGCAGACUGUUCUUCAAGUUAACCAUCAUUCCAUUCUGAAAGAUGAACAAAUUUGGGACUAAGUGGGGAAAAAGAUUAUCUAGUUUUUCAGAACAGGAAACUUAAGAAACAGUGUAAUCAGGCUUUUCUUAGUGGAAAGAGAAGAGCACUUGAUACCUAAAGAUUUAACUGUUGUCAGUGCUAUUUGAUCAUGCAGGCAUGAUUGUCUUAGUGGAUUUUUCUUCUCAGAUAAGCUCAUUGAGUUUAUCAGGCUCAAUCAAAUAAAAUACUUUUCUUUGAACCCAGAGAAAAUCUUAGCAGGGCAAAAGCCAACACUGAAAGGGCACAGUAUUUUUAAUAUCGGGUAACUUGACAUUGUCAAAUGUAGGAAUAUGCUAUUUGGCAUUUGUGGAUAAAAGAAAUUUUGGAAAAAAACCCAACACCAAAACACUGAAAAACAGUAUCUAGCAGAGCCUUCAUAAACCUUACCUUUCGCAGUGUGUUGCUGCAGCUGGAGUUCUUAAAUACAUCUAGAGUGUUUUUUAUACCAGUGCAUUUGCAUGAAGAUAGUUCUGUGAUAAAUUAAUUCCAAAUGAUCAAUCAACUAGGGAAACAAGAACUUCUUUAGCAUGACUGCUAUUCUAUCAAUGCCUAAUAUUAGAAGUGUUUAUGCACGUAGGUGGGAAUGGCUCAAUAGAAAGCAGGAGAAAAUGUGUACUGAAAAUCAAUACAAGAAAACAGCUGGGAAUUUUGGUUAGUCAUACUUGAAAAUUAUCUCCUACAUUUCAGUAAGUCACAGAAUUUGAAGCUUAAUGAACAGUCUGUAAUAAAGUGGCCCUGAAAAUUACUGGAAUAGUGCCUGUUGGGGGCAGUGACCUGGCUUACAAAGAGGCUUGGUAAAAACUGAGACCACAAGUUUUUUGUGCUAGAAAUACAGUAACUAAUUUCUGAACCCAUCAGAAUGAUGUGAUGAAAGAUGGCUUUAUGGUGCCAAACCAGGCUCGGUGAGGUUGCUCUACAUUAUGCUAGCAUAUAGCCCAGAAACUGCAGUGGGAGCAGGGACCCAUCAAAAUGCAGCUUUGACUCACAAUUGGUCUCUGGCAGCCCAGAACAGUUCAUAAGGAAGAAUCAGUUGCUUUUGAAUGACAUUUGUCAGCUUAAUGAUAGCCCCAGCCGUGCUGCCUGUAUGCUAAAACAGCAGCAAAAACAAGUCAAACAUGGACCAAGGCUCAAGACUGGGAAUUUUCCACCAGUUGGUGUUUAUCCUACUGAUGUCCUCCCUCCAUAAUUAAUGUUUGUGCACACUUCCCUAGUGAAAACUGCUGUUCAGCUGAUGCUGUGGAUUUAGACUGGAUGGACACUGAGUGAAAACAGAAAGCAACAGGAAAAGCAGGGCAAGAUAAGGGGAGUUUGCAGUUCCUGCUUUGGCUGUUCUUAGCCCUUUCAUUUGCACUUUUUUAAAGUAGUAGCUAUAUCCUACUAUCUUUGUGUCAGAAAGCGUGGUUACUAUUUGGUGAGUAUUUUUUUUGGGCAAGCAGCUAAAAUCUUAAGAGCUUUUUAGAGUAAAUCUAGUUCUUUCACAGAUUUAGUCUUUUUGAAGACUGUCAGCAUCUCAUUAAAGGGGCUAUAUUAAAUAAUGAAGAGGAAGUGUACUGCCUGUAGUUACACCCCCUGCAAUCGGAGUCCUACAGUGAAAGUUUCAAAUAGCAAGGGGCAGCAGAGUAUCCAAUGCACCUCUGACUGCCAGCCUACUCUCCCAUUGUUUUGUGACACAGUAAUUGCAAAAAAAUCCUCAACCAUAAGAUGUGCCUGUACUGCUUUGAGAAGUUGGUUUGAGACUUAAAAUGAUACUAAAUUGUACUUUGGUUGGAGCCUUCAAGGAAUCUUGACCAUCCUUUCAGUAUGUGCUUAGCACCGUGGGGCACUAAUUUAAGAAAUUUCAGGAUUAGGGAUUUCAGCUUGGGAAAUGGAGCAAUGUCUGCAGUGGCUUGUGAGAGCAAGUUAAGAGAAGGAAGUAUUCUGUUAGUAGCACAGACUCAGCAUUGCUUUUGGAACGGCUGGGAUAAAUACAGCAUUGCCUAUCCCCACCCUAAAACAAUUGUUCUGUUAGUUUCCUGCUCUUUCCAGGAAAUGUUGCCUGUUGGUGGUGUUGUAAUGCAUAUGUAGAAGUGAUGGGGUUACUACUAUUUGCCUCUGCUUUCUGCAUUUCUAGCUCUGGCAAUACUAGUCUGUGCCAAUUGGCAAACAGCAGAUCAGUUUCUGUUUAGUCAUCACACUCGGAUAGCUUCCAGUUACUCUCUGUGGAGGCUGAUGCAAUCAUGAAUCUCUCCUUGCAUGACAAAUGCAGAGCAUUUCGUGUUGGUAUCUGCUCUGCUUCUUUUAUAUUUUUAAGAAAGGUUCCUUGUCCCACUGAGGCAACAAAGCUGUUGUAAAGUUGUGAUCAGUUGUACCAACUGUAAUAUUUUCUUACGACAAAUCUUGCCAUGGUUUGGAUUGUCUUGUUUUGGGUUGUUUCAUAUUCUGAAAUUCUAUUAAUACUCGAUAUGCAUAGAUGAAAAAAGAAAUACCAGGUUCACAAACAGGAUUUCACUGCUGUGGUUAUGGGUAUACACAAUGUGACACAGUGCAAAUACUUGAAGAAAGCUCAUCAUCCAGUGUACUGCCUUCAUGUCUUGUUACAUCUCCAUGCUUUCACACUCUAAAUACAAAUAAAUGCUGCUGGGGAAUGGGUUUCCUUCCUUUUAA